CACAGCGCUGCAGCAGUUCCGCUGAAUGUCCGCUUCUGAUACCGAGGAGGGAUUAGUGAGAAACACCCCGGGACGACAUCGUCUCUACAAUUUGUCGACCAGCGGGUUUCACAGUUGUUCCCCAUACUGAGGACAGCCUUACUACUUAACACACUUCGGAGUUUUAGGUAUGAACUGAGGAUGAAUGUAAACCAGCACACUCCAAUGGCCUCACCAUAUGGCCAGCCUCAGCCAGGCUACGGCCAGCCUGGCUACGCACCCCUGGAUGGGGGAUACCCUGCACCCUACGCACCCUACAACGGCCCUACUUCAGCUUACCAGCCUGGGGCUCCACCACAAGGUUACUCUCCUUUCACAAGCUUUCCCUCUAAGGCUGUGGCCGCCAACCCAGUCUCUGACCUCUCCUCUCCUCUUGACUUAGGUCCUGUCAGGGGUCCUCCUGUUUCUGGAGCCCCUCCAGUCUCGGCUCCUCAACCGUAUAAUCAGUACAGUCACAGUCAAGGGGAAAUGCAGAAUGGACCCCCUCCUAUGACACAAGCCCCUCCCAGGCCUGCUGUGUCUCAGUCAUACAACCCUGCAGGGAUGAACAUGACAGGGCCCCCUCACCCCUCCUAUCCUCAGCACUAUGGGCCUCCUCCCACAAUGCAGCAGGUCACUAACCAGAUGACUGGGAUGCAGAUCAACUCUGGACCGCCGACCCCUGCAGGACCGGGAUAUGCUCCACCUAACAGCUCUCAGCCUCCUGUUAGCACCGCCUACACUGCUGCACCUCCGACUUCCUACGCCCAGGGCCCUCCCCCUGCAUCCUCUGCCCCCACCCAGCCACCACCUCCCAGUGGUCCUGCAGCUCCUCAGCAAUACUAUGGAGGCCCUUCACCUCCUUCUCAACAGCCAUUCAACUCUUCACUCCCCCCUACCUCUCAGCAGCAGUUCACUUCCUCUGCUCCAGCACCUCCUCCCUCCCAACAAACCUUCCCUCCCUCCUCCUACUCAGGUCCCAUGCCUCCAGCCAGCCAAGCUCCCGCUCCACCUGUCUCCCAGCCGCAGCAGUCCUUCCCUCCUCCAGCCCAGCCCCCCUUCUCCGCACCACCUCCUCCUGCCAGCCAGCCCCCAGCCUUCGCCCCUGGCCCGCCUCUCCAAAACCAGGGCUCCUUCCCACCGAGAGGACCACCUCCAUCCUCUCAACCGGGGUCUUUCCCUCCUCCUGGUCCUCCCCCAGGUCCUCCCCCAACUUCCCUUUCAUCUGGCCCAUACCCCGGCCAGAUGCCACCCCAACAGCAUCCCCCUCCUUCCCAGCCAUCUCCCUACCACUCAGGUCCACCUCCUCCCGGCGUUCAGAUGCCUCCAACCUCCAUGGCUCAGAGCAACCACCUGCCUCCAGGACCACCUGGCCCCCCUGGGCCCAUGCAGCAGCCUCCACCUCAGCCAGGCAUGCCUGGAGGAUUCCCCCCUCAGCAGAAUGGUGCAUUCGGGCAGGUGAGAGGUCCCCAGCCUGGCUAUGCAGGCCCGUAUCCCGGGCAACCAAACUACGGAGCCCCUGCACCAGCACCCGCUCCUGCUGCCCCUGCACAGAAAAGACUUGAUCCAGAUGCCAUCCCUAGCCCGCAAGCGUCUGACAUGCCGGCUGUGCAGAAAUCAAGACAUAGAAUAGACCCAGACGCUAUCCCCAGCCCAAUCCAGGUAAUAGAGGACGACAGGGCUAAGAGCACGGAGCCAUUCACAACAGGGGUCAGAGGUCAGGCCCCACCGCUGGUCACCACCAACUUCCAGGUCAAAGACCAAGGGAAUGCCAGUCCCAGGUUUAUCCGCUGUACGGCCUAUAACAUACCUUGCACAGCCGACAUGGCCAAGCAGUCUCAGGUGCCGCUGGCUGCUGUCAUCAAGCCCCUCGCCACGCUGCCGCCAGACGAGAUCCCCCCGUACUUGGUGGACCACGGCGAGAGUGGUCCGAUCCGCUGCAACAGGUGCAAGGCGUACAUGUGUCCCUACAUGCAGUUCAUCGAGGGAGGUCGCCGCUUCCAGUGUGGCUUUUGCAGCUGCGUCACAGAGGUGCCUCCACAUUACUUCCAGCAUCUGGACCACACCGGGAAGAGGAUGGACUGUUACGACAGGCCGGAGCUUUCGCUGGGCAGCUAUGAGUUCUUGGCGACUGUCGACUACUGUAAGAAUAACAAGCUCCCUCAGCCUCCAGCCUUCAUCUUCCUCAUCGACGUGUCCUACAACGCUGUGAAGAGCGGGAUGGUCAACAUCGUUUGCGAGGAACUCAAGACCCUUCUCGACUAUCUGCCGAGGGAAAACCCAGAAAUGGACUCUGUGGUGCGUGUUGGUUUCGUCACCUACAACAAAGUUAUGCAUUUCUACAACGUGAAGUCGAGCUUGGCCCAGCCUCAGAUGUUGGUGGUGUCAGACGUGUCAGACAUGUUCGUACCGCUGCUCGACGGCUUCCUGGUCAACGUGAAUGAGAGCCGGCAAGUUAUCGAGAGUUUGCUGGACCAGAUCCCAGAGAUGUUUGCAGACACCAGGGAGACAGAGACGGUCUUUGGACCUGUCAUCCAGGCGGGACUCGAAGCGCUCAAGGCUGCAGACUGCGCAGGAAAGCUCUUUGUGUUUCACACGUCUCUGCCCAUCGCAGAAGCUCCCGGAAAACUAAAGAACAGAGAAGAUAAGAAGCUGAUUGGGACAGAUAAAGAGAAGUCUCUGUUUCAGCCCCAGGUGGGUUUCUACAACACUCUAGCUAAGGAGUGUGUAGCUCAAGGCUGCUGUGUGGAUCUCUUCCUCUUCCCCAACGGGUAUGUUGACGUUGCUACGUUAGGGGUGGUUCCUGUCUCCACCGGAGGGUCUGUCUACAAAUACACAUACUUCCAGGCUCAGUCGGACAGAGAGCGAUUCCUGAACGACCUCAGACGAGAUGUUCAGAAACUCGUUGGCUUUGACGCCGUCAUGAGGGUGCGGACAAGCACAGGUGUCCGAGCGACAGACUUCUUCGGCUCCUUCUUCAUGAGUAACACCACAGACGUGGAGCUGGCGGGCCUGGACUGUGACAAGGCCAUCACUGUGGAGCUCAAACACGACGACAAGCUCAGCGAGGAGACGGGGGCUCUCAUGCAGUGCGCCGUGCUGUACACCAGCUGCAGCGGCCAGAGGCGUCUCCGCAUCCACAACAUGGCGGUCAACUGCUGCUCUCAGCUGGCUGACCUCUACCGCAACUGUGAGACCGACACAAUCAUCAACUUCUUCUCUAAAUAUGCCUUCCGUGGCAUCCUGAACAGCCCCACCAAGGCGGUGAGAGACACUCUGAUCAACCAGUGUGCUCAGAUUCUGGCCUGCUACAGAAAGAACUGCGCAAGCCCCUCGUCAGCUGGUCAGCUGAUCCUUCCAGAGUGCAUGAAGCUGCUUCCCGUUUAUCUGAACUGUGUGCUGAAGGGCGACGUGCUGCUGCCGGGCGCCGACGUCUCGCUGGACGACCGGGCGUACCUGAGGCAGCUCAUCAGCUGCAUGGACGUCUCAGAGAGCCACGUCUUCUUCUACCCUCGCCUGCUGCCACUGACGAAGUUGGAAAGCGACUCGUUGCCGGUUGCGGUGCGAGACUCUGAGGAGAGGCUGUCUAAAGGCGGAGUUUACCUUCUGGAGACAGGACUACACCUCUUCCUGUGGGUGGGCGCCAGCGUUCAGCAGGAGCUGCUGCUCAACAUCUUCGGCACGCCGAGCUUCAGCCAGAUAGACCCGAGCAUGACGAGCCUGCCAGUGCUGGACAACCCGUUCUCCCAGAGACUCCGAGAGAUCAUCGACUCCUUCCGAGCUGAACGAUCACGAUACAUGAAGCUGAUGGUGGUGAAACAGGAAGACAAAACCGAGCUGAUAUUCAGACACUUCCUGGUCGAGGACAAGAGCGCCAGCGGGGGAGCGUCAUACGUGGACUUCUUGUGUCACAUGCACAAGGAGAUCCGCCAGCUUCUCAGCUAGGCCGACAGAGUCCAAACCUUCACCUUAAUGACAUCCCCCCCCCCCCACCCCGCCCACCCCCACCCAAACAAACCCGCCUCACCAAGUUCACCUUCCCUGUGAGAGAAAGCGCUUUAUCUUUUUUUUUUUUUUUUUUUUUUAAACCUAAUAUACUAAAGCUCUCCUCCCGUCUGUCAGCUGAGCAUCAGAGGCCAGCUGGCAGAUUCCAUCAUGUGUGUGUGUUUGUGUGAAUGUGUGUGUGAGAGAUGGAGAGUCUGAUGAUAAUAGAGCUUUACUCUGCCUCAAUCUACUGCUCCAACACAGCAGGAGCGAAAUAACUGACGAGGAAGGGUAAUGUAUAUACACAAGUGAACAAUAAUGUAUGCAACAGACUGAGUGAUUGGCGGGGACGGCUGGUGUUGACUGUAGUCGGUGUACUGUCUGUAUUACGAGCACUGAAAGGCUUUUCUGGGCGCAUAAACGACCCUCAGAUAGCAAACACUUUUUAUAUGAUUGAAUCCCAAUAGAGUGAAGGACACCUGCAUACAUAUUAAAUAAAUGCUGUUAUUUUCUGUCUAUUUUCUCCUUUUAAUCAUGGCCUUAGUACCCCCUCCCCACGCUGCUCCAAUCAUCCAUAAAAGUGUGUGUAUGUAUGUGUGUGUGUUUACAAACGGGAGAGGAUAAGUCACUCAGUCCUUAUUUACCAGUGUGUCUCCAGGUGUGAGCAUACAUUUGGAUGCUCACACCUGGGUCUGAUGACUUUUCACCUGCAGGAAGCAUCAAAGAAGUGUCGUGAAAUGUAUGAAAUGUGGUUUUAUCACCCACAAAUAAACAGAAAAAGUAAAGGUUUCACAAUCAUGA